AUGAGUCCAAAUGUACAUCCCAUUAUCUACGAUUGUAAGAAAGAUCAAGAAGAACGCGUAUCCUACCUGCAACAACACAUCGAAAAGACACUUGAUGGUGAUCUGUUGCCAGAAAUGGCUGUAGUAGAAGAAUUGAUCGAACCACAAAAGCGCUCAGGUGACAUCGAUGCUGAUUAUACUGUCUGCGGUUUUGUUCUCAAUGGAAAAUUCUUUCCUACUUCCAUCAGUCUUUGUGGAACAGAAAACGGAGCAUAUAUUGAACAAUGGACUUCAUCGUCACCGGCUGAUCUUCAGGAUUCAUUAACAAUCUGGCAAAUGAUGUUUGACACAUAUUCACUCAUGAUUGAUUUGGAAGCUACUGAAUUUGGUUAUAUGAAUGGACUCUAUGCCGGUGAUUUGUUUAUUACGAAAGAUGGUCAAUUAAAACAGCGCGAUUGGAAUAUUCGCCGUGGUGGACGAUCAUCACCUGAGACUGGACGGAAAAAUGAAUAA